UAUCCCAUUAAUCAAAGAAAAUAGUAAUAAAGCCAGCUCUAGUAAAAAUAAUUUAUCUUAUUCUGAAACAGAAAUCGAUAAACCUGAUUUAAAUUUAGAAAAGUUUGUAGAUAUGUUUAAGAAAUUAUCUAUAGAGACUAAUUUAUCCAGUUCUGAUUCAGAAUCCACAGGUUCAGACUGGUACGAUCUUGAUCUAAAAAAACCUCGAAAGAAACGCAUCCAUAUUACAAAGAAAAAGAUUAUCUCUUCUAGCCGAAAACAUCGUAGAAAUAAGCCAAUUAGAACUAA